GUUGAUUUCUAUAAGAAUGAGAUGAAAUAGAUAUAUUGUUUUGACCGUUCAUUUCCAGACUCAAACAAUCACCACCGUUCAUUUCCAGACAUCAACGGCUCUCACCCUACUCCCAAAAAAACCUAAACUCUCUUCACCUUCAUUCUCCGAAAUAACCGGAGCGCUUCCGAUAUUGAAUCUGAAUUCUCUCACCAUGACGCCACCGUCGCUCGUAUCAACGACGGCAGUUUCGGUUCAUAUCCUUCCUCCGUCAUCUCCGAUCAACAAAAAAGGAAACUCAAAUAUACCCCCGUCACCUUAAACUUCUUCAAUCCGUGAAGGAAAGUUCGACAAAGGUGACAUUGUUAUUAUGCUUAAGGUUCGAUUAAGAAAUCGAUGGAGGGAUUGGCUGUGGAAAGUUCUUGGAUUGGGACAAGGGAUUAUAGUUCUCAGUUGAUUGUGCCUUGUGCCCGAUGUUUUGGAAUUUGAGAAUAGGUUUGAAGGUGGUAUUGAUGGGAUUAAGAAGAGGAAUCAUGAAGCUGUUAUUGAGAUGGGAGAGAUGCUGGCUAAGGCUUGGGGGACUCAUCUUGGGAGUCGUUCACAUAUGUGUGCUAGCAUGAUUAUGUUUGUUUUGCCUGCAUGUUUGGGGAUUCAUAGUGAUUCUGAUGCUCUGUACUUAAGGACACAUUUUAGGGAUGUUUUUAGAGUUGAAGUUCCUAUAUACUAUAGACCACCUAGAGAUGGAAAAGUGGAGCCUGUGACGGGGUAUGCUCGGAUUUAUCAUCAUGUUUACAACAAAGUCGAGGAUUAUUACAAGUUUAGAGAUGCUGUUAACCAACUCGUGGAGAAUGGAUUUGCUUGUACUCUUCUUUCCUACUGAAAAGGUUUACUCACAUUCCUUUUUGACGAUACUUCUAAUUUUGCAAUAAUUAUAUGAUGAUAUGAAUUUUGUUUUUCUUUGAUAACCGACAAAGAUUAGGUUGGUGAUUGUGUCUUAAUUUGGCGCCACGCCCCCUUAAAAUGUUCUUACGCAUGCAAGGGUUUAGGCGGAUGAUCACUAAGUGCCAUUUUCGUUGCAAACUUAUAGCUUAUUGUUGCUCUGUUACAUGCAUAACGGUUUCUUGUUACAUGCAUAGCGGUUUCUUGUGUAAAAUACUUGUCAGGAAUAUUAAAUGUUUUAAAUUUGAGUUUUAUAAAUUAUAUUAGCGGUUUCUUGUUACAUGCAUAGCGGUUUCCUGUUACAUGCAUAGCGGUUUCUUGUGUAAAAUACUUGUCAGGAAUAUUAAAUGAUUUAAAUUUGAGUUUUAUAACUUAUAUUAGCGGUUUCUUGUUUCAUGCAUAACGGUUUUCAGUUACAUGAAUAGCGGUUUCUUGUUACAUGCAUAGCGGUUUCUUGUGUAAAAUACUUGUCAGGAAUAUUAAAUGAUUUAAAUUUGAGUUUUAUAACUUAUAUUAGCGGUUUCUUGUUACAUGCAUAACGAUUACCUGUUACAUGCAUAGCGAUUACCUGUUACAUGCAUAGCGGUUUCUUGUGUAAAAUACUUGUCAGGAAUAUUAAAUAAUUUAAACUUGAGUUUUAUAACUUAUAUUAGCAGUUUCCUGUUACAUGCAUAGCGGUUUCUUGUUACAUGCAUAGCGGUUUCUUGUGUUAAAUACUUGUCAGGAAUACUAAAUGAUUUAAAUUUGAGUUUUAUAACUUAUAUUAGCAAUUUCCUGUUAUAUGCAUAGCGGUUUCUUGUUACAUGCAUAGCGGUUUCUUGUGUAAAAUACUUGUCAGAAAUAUUAAAUGAUUUAAAUUCGAGUUUUAUAACUUCUAUUAGUUACUUGCUUUGGUGUUGUUAAAUUUUGAUUACGAUAUUUGUCGUGACCCUCUGAUCGUGUCAUUUUGUUGUUCUCCUGGCUGGUGAUCAUUUAGCGCCGUUUUCUAUGCAAAUUGACAACUUAUUGUCGUUCUAUGCAUGUCUAUUAAAACCAGAAACCAAUACAUGUCAGAAAUAUUAAAUGAUUUAAAUUUGAAUCUUAUAAGUUGUAUUAAUUAUUUGCCUUUGGUGUUGUUAAAUUUUGAUUACGAUGUUUCUCGCGACCCUCUGAUCGUGUCGUUUUGUUGUUCUCCGUUUGUGUGAUCAUUUAGCGUCGUUUUGAUUACUUGCCUUUGGUGUUGUUCUCCUUGCUAGUGAUAAUUUAUUGUUGUGUUCUAUGCAUGUCUUUUGAAACCAAUCUCCGUGUAAAUACUUGUCAGAAAUUUUAAAUGACUUAAAAGUUGAAUUUUAUAAGUUGUAUUAGUUACAUUCCUUUAGUUUUGUUGAAUUUUAAUUAUGAUAUUUGACGUUAACCCGUGAUCAUGCCAUUUUGUUGUUCUACUGCCCGGUGAUCACUUAGCGUUGUUGUAUUUCCAAACUGAAUUUUUUUAAUAACUGAUAGCUUACUAUUGUAAUAUGCAUGUUUAUUGAAACCGGUACACGGGCAAAUUAUUUGUCAGGACAAUUUAAUGAUUCAAAUUUGAAUUUGUAAGUGCUAUUAAUCAGUGUUAUGAAAUAGCGGCGCCAUGGCAGAUAUACAUGGCGGUUUUUGGGCUUGCCGCAAUGGUAAAUAUCGGUGAGUAUUGGGGUUUUUCCGCUAUAAUCUGAUAUAACGGCGUCGCAAAGCGGGCAGUUAGUUGUAAUUUUGGCUGUCCGUCAUGGACCGCCAUACGCCAUCGACAACACUGCUAUUAAUUACUUUCCUUUACUGUUUGUUGAAUCUUGAUUAUGAGGUUUGUUGUGAAUCUGCGAUCAUGUCGUUUUGUUGCUCUUACCUAACCCUGUUUUCUUUUCAAUCUGAUAAGCUAUUGUAGUUACAUGCAUUUCUGUUGAAAUCAAUAAAUACUUGUCCAGAUUUUUUUGAUAUACUACAAUGGUACUGUAACUAACUGAAGGCGUGUUUCGUAAAUGAGGAUAACAUUUAUGUGCUUAACCCACUUGUCCAGAUUUCCUAACCGGACUCCACUUUAAAAUCGCACCGCACUCACUUCCUCACUUCCUCAGUCCCUCUAAACCAUUCUCACCCCUCUUUCUCUUUUUCAACAAUUCUCAACCGUUUAAUCAUUUCCUUCUCAAUGGCCUUCAACAAUCACCACCACCCUAACGGCUCUCACCCCACUCCCAAAAAACCUAAACUCUCCUCCUCCGCCAUAACCGUUUCCGAAAUUGAAUCCGAAUUCUCCCACCACGACGCCGCCGUUGCUCGCAUCAACAACGGCAGUUUCGGCUCCUGUCCUUCCUCCGUCAUCUCCGCUCAACACAAAUGGCAGCUCGAGUACCUCCGUCAUCCUGAUCACUUCUACUUCAACCACCUCAAACCUGCAAUCGACAAUUCGCGUUCAAUUAUCAAAGACUUAGUCAACGCGGAACAUCUUGACGAAAUCUCUAUUGUCGAUAACGCCACCACUGCUGCUGCUAUUGUUCUUCAACAUACUGCAUGGUGUUUCCGCGAAGGGAAGUUCGAGAAAGGUGACAUUGUUGUUAUGCUUCAUUAUGCUUAUGGCUCUGUUAAGAAAUCAAUGGAGGCGUAUGUUACUCGUGCUGGUGGAAAAGUGAUUGAAGUUCAGCUUCCAUUUCCGGUCUCUUCUAACGAACAGAUUGUUACUGAGUUUAGAAAGGCUUUGGAGAUGGGAAAAACUGACGGGAAAAAGGUAAGGUUAGCUGUGAUUGAUCAUGUGACUUCUAUGCCUUGUGUUGUGAUUCCUGUUAAGGAGAUGAUUCAGAUUUGCAGAGAGGAAGGUGUUGAACAGGUUUUUGUGGAUGCUGCUCAUUCCCUUGGGUGUACUGAUGUUGACAUGCAGGAGAUUGGUGCUGAUUACUACACUAGUAAUUUGCAUAAGUGGUUUUUUUGUCCGCCUUCGGUUGCGUUUCUGUACUCUAAGAAAAACCAUAACACUGGUGGUGCUGGUGAUUUGCAUCAUCCUGUGGUGUCUCAUGAGUAUGGAAAUGGGCUGGCUGUGGAAAGUUCUUGGAUUGGGACAAGGGAUUAUAGUUCUCAGUUGGUGGUUCCUGAUAUUAUAGAAUUUGUGAAUAGGUUUGAAGGUGGUAUUGAAGGGAUUAAGAAGAGGAAUCAUGAAGCUGUUGUUGAGAUGGGAGAGAUGCUGGCUGAGGCUUGGGGAACUCAUCUUGGGAGUCCUCCAUAUAUGUGUGGUAGCAUGAUUAUGGUUGGUCUGCCUACAUGUUUGGGGAUUCAUAGUGAUUCUGAUGCUCUGAAGUUAAGGACACAUUUCAGGGAUGUUUUUGCAGUUGAAGUUCCUAUAUACUAUAGACCACCUAGAGAUGGAGAAGUGGAGCCUGUGACAGGGUAUGCUCGGAUUUCUCAUCAUGUUUACAACAAAGUCGAGGAUUAUUACAAGUUUAGGGAUGCUGUUAACCAACUCGUGGAGAAUGGAUUUGCUUGUACUCAUCUUUCCAACUGAAUAGGUUAGAAGUGUAGCGUAAGUGUGUCUUAGAAGUGUGGCGUAAGUGUGUGUUUCUGAUGAAUAAAAGCAAUGGAUGUUGUAAUUGCUGCUAGCUUUCUUGCAAGCUUUGGUAGUUGUGAUGGUUUCGGUGGUCGGUUUGGUACCAUAGACUGCAUGUUUUGCAGGUAAACUUCAGCAAUCAUCCAUGUUAGAUUUGCUGAGUAGAAAUCCUUAGGGAGUGAGCAACUUAAAUAGUAAGAUCUAGGGAGUGAACAACUUCAAUGGUGAGAUCUAGGGAGUGAGCAACUUCAAUGGUGAGAUCUAGGGAGUGAACAAUAUCAUUGUAAAUGUAAUGUGAUUCUCUCAUGGUGUAAUGAUUUUCACUGUCAUUUGAAGUUGCCAAUUGCUUCUUCAGGUUUAAUUAAUAUCAAGUUCUACUAGUAUAUUUGAAGUUUGCCA